UUUCGCGUUUGUGGUUUUACUCUUUCUUUCUAUCGGCGGCGGCUCCAUAGCGAGUCCGCCUGCCCGGCGCCCGCCAUUUCUUGCCCUCUCGAUCGCUGCUACUGGAGCUCGAUCUGAUCCAAGCAGGGAGGAAUUGCGCCAAGUUUUCGCGAGCGCUUCCUCUGAGUCCUCGAUCGCCGUCAUCGAUUCGCGAUUUCUCGCUGUGGAGCAUCGCUUCUUUCUCCUCUUUCUCCUCCUCUCGAUCCCGAUUUCCUUCUUUUCAGCAGGAUCUGAUAACGAUCGGUCUUGGACUUCCGCGGCAAAUAUUUCGAUCCGCGGGUGAGAAUAUUUCGCGUCGCCACCGGAUCGCCGUAGAAAUCGUCGGGCUGUGCUGCGGCGGAUCGAUGAUCUGGUGGAGCGCGGCGAGGCAAAUGCGUCCAAGGUUUCGCACCCCCAGCAGCGGACACAUCGAGUCUGCCCCAUGAGGAUCACCGCAAAAGGGGCUGCCAGGAAGAAUUCGCAGGAAACCAGCCGAGCUGCCGGCGCCAGGCAUGGGAUUUCUGGAACAUCCAGGCUCUGCCUCCGAUUUGCCGAGGCAGUCCUGGUGCUAUCCUUGCUCGCCUUCGCGGUUACCACGUCGCCCUUCGCAUGGAUGCUUGGAGCAUCCGAUAGGCUCGAUGAAUCACCGGAGAUGGCGAUAGACGGUGGGCCUUCCAGGGAGCGAUUCGUCUCGACUCGUCCAUGGUCGGCUUCCAAGGCAGUAAUCGAAGAACGUCCCACGGUGUUUUUGCAAAGAUCUAAAUCCCCAAUUCUCGAUCAAGGUGGUCCUCUAGGUCUAUCUUCCAACAUCAAGGUGUAUAUCUACGAUCUUCCCUCCAGCUACAACACCGACUGGCUUGUCGAUAGCCGGUGUAGCAGCCAUCUUUUCGCUGCCGAGGUUGCCAUUCACCAGAAUUUGCUGCGCAGUCCCGUGCGAACCUUGGAUCCGGACGAGGCGGACUUUUUCUUCAUGCCCGUGUACGUCUCGUGCAAUUUCACCAGCAGAUCCGGGUUCCCGACGCUGUUUCACGCGUCGGACAUUCUCCAGGCAGCAGUGGGCUUGGUUUCACGUAACAUGCCUUUCUGGGAUCGCCAUCAAGGCCGAGACCACGUCUUUGUUGCCACCCACGACUUCGGGGCAUGCUUCCAUGCAAUGGAGGAUUUAGCGGUCGCAAUGGGCAUCCCACAGUUCUUGAGAAACUCCAUCAUCCUGCAAACUUUCGGGGAAAAGAACAAGCACCCCUGCCAGAAUGUGGACCACAUCCAGAUACCUCCCUACGUGGUUCCAGCCAAGAAGUUGCCCGAUCCCAGGGGCCAGCGCCGCAAGAUCCUGGCGUUUUUCAGGGGCAAGAUGGAGAUCCACCCCAAGAACGUUAGCGGCCACAUGUACAGCAGGGGCGUGAGAACCACAAUCUGGCGACGCUUCUCGCACGACCGGCGCUUCUUCAUAAAGCGCAAGAGGUCCGACAACUACAAGGCGGAGAUGCUGCGCUCGGUGUUCUGCCUGUGCCCGCUGGGGUGGGCGCCGUGGAGCCCGCGCAUCGUGGAGUCGGUGAUCCAGGGCUGCAUCCCGGUGAUCAUCGCGGACAACAUCCAGCUCCCCUACUCGCACGUCAUCGACUGGAGGAAGAUCUCGGUCACGGUGGCGGAGAGGGACGUGCACAAGCUGGACAGGAUCCUGAGCAAGGUGGCGGCCACCAAUGUGUCCAUGAUCCAGGCCAAUCUCUGGAGAGACGAGGUGCGCCAGGCGUUGGUAUACAACCAGCCGCUCGUUCGUGGCGACGCGACGUGGCAAGUUCUAGAUCUGCUGUCCAAGAGGAAGAACAAGGUGGCGGAGGCGGGGUCCCGGAUAAAAGUGGCGUGAGUGGAGAAAGUUUCUAGGAGCGAGGAAGGAAUCGGAUUCUUUUUUUUUUUUUCUUUUCUUACUUACAAGCAGGGAUGGAAGAGAAACAAGGAAAACGAGGCAAGCCGUCUUGUUUACUCGCUGUGUGUGUGUAUAUUUUGGCCAGUUACAUUCAUUAUACCAGAAAUUUUUUUG